AUCUCGCUCUGAGUUCCUGCUUCUAGCUUCCAUUACACCACGACACGCACCACCACCAGUUAGUAAGCGGUGUCGGUUUUAAAGGCUUUUGACCACCUAACUAUAGUGUCAUGAAAAUAAGCAAAAAUAAUUUACAGUAAUAUAAUAUAUCAACUGUAUCUUCAAGGUUCAUUCAUUCGGAAAUUGACAAAAGAAGAAAAGACGAGCGAAACCUAAGGGACGUCGACAAACCGGCAAACAAAGAGAUCCCUUCUCGACGACAACAUUUUUCCUCAAUAUUCUUUAGUUAUGAGUCAUGUGGCCGUCGAAAAUUUACACGGUCUAGAACAGCAGCUUGCUGUCCUAGGCUUGAACAAUGCUGAUGGGCAGGGUGGAGGCACUGGCAGGACCUGUUACAUUCCACCUCAUUUACGGAACCAAGAGGCUUCCAAAAAUGCAGAUGCUUUCUCUAGACCGAGCGCCUUGUCAAUGGCACCAGGAAGCUAUACGCCUGGCGGUUGGGACGGUGGACGCAACAAUGGCUUCGUGCAGAAUGGUUACCACGACAACCGCAUGAAUGGGGGCAACAGGUACAACAGUGGCCCGCCUCGCAUGGAGAGGGGCAGGGGGGGUGGAGGUUUCCGCGGCGGAAGGGGCGGGUCCUACAACCCGGUACAGCCUAUGCAGAAUGCCGGCAUGUUUGGCGUCUACGACAACAAAGAUGGCGGCGGCUGGAACACGACUAAAGAUGCCUACACCAGCUUCGGCGCACGUCCCGACAGGGGAAAGUCUGCUUUUUUCAAUAACGGCGGGAGUGCACCCCGAGGAAGUUACCAGCGUGGAGGGUUUGGAGGCAGUGGAAACAGCCGCUGGGUGGAGGAGUCCAGGGAUGAUGAGGACUGGUCCAAACCCACUCAGGCCAAUGAGCGCCUGGAACAGGAGCUGUUCGCUGGUGGCAACACAGGGAUUAACUUUGACAAUUACGACGACAUUCCCGUUGAGGCCACUGGCCAAAACUGCCCCCAUCACAUUGACAGCUUCCAAGACGUGGAGAUGGGAGAGAUCAUCAUGAGUAACAUUGCCCUGACCCGCUACACUCGGCCCACUCCGGUCCAGAAGUACGCCAUUCCAAUCAUCAAGAACAAGAGGGACCUGAUGGCCUGCGCCCAGACAGGUUCCGGUAAGACUGCUGCGUUCCUGUUGCCUGUACUGAGUCAGAUCUACACUGAAGGCCCAGGAGAAGCCCUCGCUGCCCAGAAGUCUGGAGGACAGGACAACGGAAAGUAUGGUCGCCGUAAGCAGUACCCCCUCGCUCUGGUCCUGGCCCCCACCAGAGAACUGGCCCUGCAGAUCUACGAAGAGGCCAGAAAGUUUGCAUACCGGUCCCGUGUGCGUCCUUGUGUGGUGUACGGAGGGGCUGACAUUGGCCAGCAGAUCAGAGACCUGGAGCGAGGCUGUCACCUGCUGGUGGCUACACCUGGACGCCUGGUGGACAUGAUGGAGAGGGGCAAGAUCGGCCUCGACUACUGCAAUUACCUAGUGCUGGAUGAGGCUGACCGGAUGUUGGACAUGGGUUUUGAGCCCCAGAUCAGACGCAUCGUGGAGCAGGACACCAUGCCCCCUAAAGGCAUCCGUCAGACCAUGAUGUUCAGCGCUACCUUCCCCAAGGAGAUCCAGAUCCUGGCGCGUGACUUCCUGGAGGAGUAUAUCUUCCUGGCGGUGGGAAGAGUGGGCUCCACCUCUGAGAACAUCACCCAGAAGGUGGUGUGGGUGGAGGACGGUGACAAGAGGUCCUUCCUCCUGGACUUGCUCAAUGCUACAGUCAUUCCGAGUGAAGUUCAGGACAAUGCAGGUGAAAACAUAGAGAAACCUGGUAAGAACUCUCUGACGCUGGUGUUUGUGGAAACCAAGAAGGGAGCGGAUGCCCUGGAGGACUUCCUGUACCGCGAGGGUUACGCCUGCACCAGUAUCCAUGGCGACCGCUCCCAGAGGGACCGAGAGGAGGCUCUGCACCAGUUCCGCUCGGGACGCUGCCCCAUCCUGGUCGCCACGGCGGUGGCUGCCCGUGGCCUGGACAUCUCCAAUGUCAAGCACGUCAUCAACUUUGACCUGCCCAGCGAUAUAGAGGAGUACGUCCACCGUAUUGGCCGUACUGGACGUGUAGGCAACCUGGGUCUGGCCACGUCGUUCUUCAACGAUAAGAACGGCAACAUCACCAAGGACCUUCUGGACAUCCUAGUGGAGGCCAAACAGGAAGUACCCUCCUGGUUGGAGAGCCUGGCCUAUGAACACCAGCACAAGAGCAACACCCGCGGACGCUCCAAGAGGUUCACCUCUGGUGGCUUCGGAGCCAGGGACUACCGUCAGACCAGUGGCGGCGGCAGCACUGGAGGGUUCGGGGGUCGUGGUGGACGCCAGCCCGGUGGACAUGGAGGAAACCGUGGAUUCGGUGGCGGCGGUGGCUUUGGAGGAAACUUCUACACCAGUGACGGCUAUGGAGGAAACUACACUCAUCAGGGGGAGUGGACUGGUGGGGCAACUAAACGUUCCUCCAACCCUAUCCCCAUCUACCUACACCCCCCCCCCCCCCACCCCCCUACCAUCGCAAUGGGUCACGCCAUGCCAAACUCACUGAUGAGGAAACCACAUGUGUAACCUAAGCCAGACUAUAUAAACCCCCGUGUAGCUUCCAAACAGACUGCAGUACAUUACCAGCUGUGAUUCUCUGACUGCUUAUCCAAAAAAUGGAGCUGAGAGACAGGGGACCGAGAGGACAGCUGACCAAGAGGAAAGCUGGAGCCACUGAGCGAUUCCUAAAGAAACAUGGCACCGCCAGGCUCUGGAAUCAUCGUGUGGCCGCCCGAAGUGAUUAUAGCGUAUUUAGGGUCUUGGGACUUGCAGUUUUUUUUUUUUUUUUUUCACGACAACUGCUUUUUCUUUCUUUGUAACAAAACAAACUGAGGAUCAUUUGUUUGUAAAUGUACUGUGCCUUUAACAAUUAGAUUGUUUUAUCUGUAUUUUCUUUUAAGCGUCAUAACUGGCUGAAACCUGGCCAACGAACUAAAUUAUAUAUUUUUUGUUUUGGGGUUUAAAUGUGGUUUUGUUAUUUUAUUCGGAAGGAAAGCAAAAUAAGCUUGAACUAAAUAUCCAACCUUGGCAAACACUGAGAUGACAUGACUUUUGAGUGAGUCAUUUGUCCAUUUGAGCUUCAAAUUUGUCACAGGGUAAUCUGAUGGCUCAAACUAGCUCCGACCGCAUGUUGCAGCCAUCCAAUGAGAAUUCCACUAUAGGUUUUCAAACCCUUGUGUGACGAAAGUGCACUUCAAGGGAAAAAAGAGUUCAAAAUAUUUUUCGCUCACUCUAUCCUGGAGAGGAAUAUGGUAGUCUUCACUAAACGAGCCAUUCCAGUUGUACGAUUUUAAAAUUGAAUAUUUAAAUGGUAUGUUCAUACAUACAAGCUAUUUGAGCAAGUCGACGCUCAAAGUUCAGUUCCCCACUAACAAAUUGACUUGGCAUUGUGGCACCUAGUGAAGCAACUUCUAGCUGCCUGGUGGGUGAAUUUAGUUUUCGAUUGAGCUUUUUUACUUAAACAUUUUGGAGGAUGGCAAUUGACAAAUAUCCAUCCUUCUGAGAGAAUGUUUCUUAAAAUUGUCAAUUCUAAAACAGCACUUGCCAUAUAGAAAGUGAAGUUUGAAUGGUUGCCAUAGGACCACACAGUAACCUGGGUGGCUUUGCUUUUUGUCAAGGCCAUCCUGGGAUGAAAUACGCAUGCAAGUGUUGUUGUUUUUUGGUCAAGGAGUUAAAAACAAAAUGCAAAAGGAAAUUCUGCAGCAGGCUUUUAUUUCAUUACAAAAUGUCGUUCUCUUACACCUUUAAUUUAGUUCUCUUUUUCAAGCUGCGUUCGAAUCCGAAGGACAUUCUCGGGUUAACUGUUUAAAGACACAAGCUCUUCGUCCUCGGAGAGCGUAGGAAGGUCAGAAGUUAAGGGUCAGCAAUGUACAGACGAGCAAACUGAAUUGCACACGUAGCAAAGGGUGAUGGGAAGUGCAGUUUAUUUACCAGUGCAACAUUUUAAGAGGCAAUGUGGUUUUCCUGUGUAUCCUGGCUGGUGUAUCUAGCCCACGCGACCCGGCCAAAGACGGGGGUGCUUUAACUAUCCUUGAUUUCUGACACAGAACCAAUGCAGCUAUUCUUCCCUUUGUAGGGUUGGGCCGCCUUGAUGUAUUAUGUAAAACCACUGGCCAGUUUACUACUAUAGCUGGCAUCCAGGCUUCCUCCUUAUAUAGGAGGGAGGCCCAAUGUUGGCUAGAAAAUGGCAUUUUAAGUGCAAUAGGUAUAUAUUCUCAGUGUGUCUGUCGUGCCUUGACAUUUUGAAUGAAUAAGUGGUUAUGAAGCAGAUGCACUGACAGUAUUGUGUUAAUUUAAGAUUGAAUGGUGCUACCUAAGUUAGGUCUAUGCCCCUUUGUGAUGUUACUUAACAGCCAUCAAGUUUUCAAAAAAACAAACAUUUUAUUGCACAUCUAGAGUUUUAUAUAAAUGUCUUGAGUGUGUGUCCUUAAAGCUUCCGAAUUUUGUGUGAGGAGAUUGUGAAAAACGCAGCUUGUUUACGAAAGGGGAAGGGUUAUCACUAUUUAAACCAGGAUUUAUUUGGGACCAGGUGUUAGUUCAGUAGCAGUCUGAGAAUUGAGCUAUUUGCACACAGAUUACUAGAUUCUACUUUUGCUGCUAGUUUGUGUAAUUUAUUAAGCAUUUUUGAGAAAUAUUUAUUUUUAUAAGCCUAAAGUGAUAGUUUAAGGAACUUGACCAAAAGACAGUACAAAAACACUGGCACUUGAAUGUUGAAUGUCACCGGUAUGCGUGGAAAUUUAUAUUUUUCGGGGUAGUGUGAGCUUUUUAAUGUCAGUCAUAUUGGACUCAAAUCAAAAUCCACACCUGUUACUUCUAGUAGUACUGGCCACACCGUCUAAUCAACCUUAACAUUUAAUUGGCGAACAAAAUUUGAAACAAACAACCAAUGCCAAGGUUUGGAUAAAAGUGAUAACAUUUUCUAAAAAAUAUUGUACCAGUGCAAGAAGUGUCCAGAUUCUCUCCAAUUCAAUUAGCUUUUCCUUGUUUUUGAGGGUUUUCUUCCCUCCCCCAGCAAAUGUCUGGCACAUGGCAAUCUUAAAGAAAGAAAACAUGUGGCUCUGCUCUGUUGUAUUUGCAUAUUUGGGCCUCCGUGCGUGUUCUGUGGAGUGUGUGGUGAGUCUUACAGUAACAUUGGCUGACUGAGUCUGAAAAGUCAAGGUUUGGAUGAAACGUAUGAAUGGAAAUGUGAAGCUGCAGAGAGGAGAGGUUGGAGAGCUUUCGGCUGGCCAGACACUCCUGAACGCAACUGCGUCGCCCACUAGUUCGUAUUUGCUUUAUGUACUAGUUUAGAGGCUGUGCACUGCACGAGAAAACACCUGUGCAUUUAUUGUAUGAUUUUACCAAAAUUAAAAAAGUUUUGACUUGCAAA